AUGAUUUGUAAUAUUAUAGACAUUGCACUCAGCUCAACACCAUAAAAAGGAAGAACCUCCUAAGCAAAUACAACAGUUUCAUCUGCUAGUUCAAGUGAUUCUUCCUUUGAAUCUAAAUAUAUGCCUAAAUUAUAAAUACCUCGACCAUAGCUAAGUUAAGAAGAAAAGUUUGAAGCUUCCUUAUGUGCAUUUGGUAUCAUAUUUUUAUCAUGAGACUUUAAAUUGCUUAUGCCUGAUGAAGGAAGUCUCUAAAACCAAAAAUUACUUUUUUAAGAACUCAUUGAAAUGAAGUUCUUAUUUGAUUGUGAUGAAAAGGUUUUGUAUUAAAAUACACUUUAUUACAACCUUGAAAUUUGUGAAGAGAAUGUAAUAAUUAAUUUCUUAAUUGAGAUUCUUUAUGAUGAAAGAACCACUCUAAUGUUAAAAAAUAUACCUAAAUAUAUGAGACCAGGUGAUUUAAAAAACCUUCUUAAUAAAGACUUCAAAUCAUAAUUUGAUUUUCUUUACCUACCAACUGAUAACAAUGUAAUUAUUAAAUUAAUCAGAUAAGAAUGAAGGAAAUCUAGGUUAUGCAUUCGUCAAUUUUAUUUCCCCAGAAAUUGUAUUGAAGUUUUUCAAAAAAUACAAUAAUAAUAAAUGGAGUAUAAAUGAUAAAGUAGACUAAGAUAUUAAUUAUAAAAGCAAAUUUGUUAAUUGAAGUAUGCAAAAUUACAGGGUCGAAGAGAUUUAAUGAACUAAAUGGAUGAAUGAUGUUAAAGGC